GAUGCUUGUGUUAGUAUGUUGAUGUCACUUGAAGGCUGGAAUGUUCCAGGAACCUAAUCGAGCUAAGCACCCAAAUCUGACUUAAUUUUCUCACGCAUCAUAUGGUUACAGAUCCCCACUAGUGUAACUGAGUGUAUUUCAGUGAGAAUCAAGUCAAACUCAUGUCAAACUCAUGAAACUUGAGACAAUACAUCAUAAUUCCUGUUUGUUUAAAAACCCAGCUUUGGGUCAGGAUGCCAUAAGAACCUCUAUCUGCACUCUGCAGUCAUCAUUAGCAGAAAGUUGGAUGUGGGGGUGCUGGCAGGACUGCACCUCAGUUGUUGUUAUAGUGCAUUGCUUUUUUUCCCAGAACACGCUCACUGCAGAUGACCAUUCUCCUGAAGACAGCUUUAGCCUGAAUCCCGAGGACAGAAGAGAAUACCCCGAUCUCCAGGCUGCCCACCGGCCAUUCCCUAAGCAACGAUUCAGGCAGGAAAAUGGGCAUACAUCCUUACAGAGAGAUGGACCUAGAUCUUUCCUUUUGGAUCUCCCAAACUUCCCUGACCUGUCAAAAGCCGAUAUCAACGGGCAGAAUCCCAACAUUCAGGUUACCAUUGAAGUGGUGGAUGGCCCUGAUUCAGAAACUGACAAGGACCUUCAGAAAGAGAACAGCAAGCCUAGCUGGCCAGUCUCAUCACCUGACUGGAGAAACUGGUGGCAGAGGUCCUCCACCUUGACUCGCAUGAGCAGUGGUGACCAGGACUACAAGUAUGACAGCACUACUGAGGACAGCAACUUCCUGAACCCUCUCGGUGGGUGGGAUGGUCAUGCACCCAGUCACCGGACAUUUGAGUCCAAGGAGCAGUCAGAGUAUGACUACAUUGAUGGUGAUGGAGACUGGAGCCCAUGGUCCCUUUGUAGCGUCACCUGUGGGAGCGGCAGUCAGAAGCGGACGAGGUCCUGUGGCUAUGCCUGCACUGCCACCGAGUCACGGACCUGCGACAGGCCAAAUUGCCCAGGGAUUGAAGAUACCUUCCGAACAGCAGCCACAGAAGUGAGCUUACUGGCUGGGAGUGAAGACUUCAAUGCUACCAAACUGUUUGAAGUGGAUACUGAUAGCUGUGAAAGAUGGAUGAGCUGCAAAAGUGAGUUCUUGAAGAAAUACAUGCACAAAGUGGUCAAUGAUCUUCCCAGCUGCCCCUGCUCUUACCCCAGAGAAGUUGCUUACAGCACUGCUGAUAUCUAUGAUCGGAUUAAGAGGAAAAACUUUCGCUGGAAAGAUGCAAGUGGUCCAAAGGAAAAACUGGAGAUCUAUAAGCCCACUGCACGGUACUGCAUCCGCUCCAUGCUCUCUUUGGAGAGCACAACACUAGCAGCUCAGCACUGCUGUUAUGAUGAUAACAUGCAGCUGAUUACCAGAGGCAAAGGGGCAGGUACACCAAACCUGAUCAGCAUUGAAUUUUCAGCAGAACUCCAUUACAAAGUGGACAUUCUACCCUGGAUUAUAUGCAAGGGUGACUGGAGCCGGUACAACGAAGCACGACCUCCAAACAACGGGCAGAAGUGCACAGAAAACCCUACAGAUGAAGACUAUUACAAGCAAUUUCAAGAAGCAAGGGAAUACUGAAGAGGUUUUCCUCCUCUUCAGACAGAAAAUAGCAUUCAUUUCCUGGAUGCCAAAGAACUGAUAACUGCUGCUGCACUAUCUCCUUGACAGGCGCUGAUCAGUUUCUUUAUAAUGAAUGUGUAUAGUUGUAAUAUAAUACAUAACUAUUUUCAUAGUGUGUGUAAUUUAUAAGCACAUAUCUCUCUAUCUCACACACACCUAUUUUUACAUAUGGACAUACAUAAAAUUUGUCCCAGUAAGAUUUUAUUCUACAAUAACAUUCAUUUCAUAAUGUGCAUUUUCCUUUGUUCACCAACUAUAAUGUGUGAGAGGGGGGAGCGGGAGGUAGGGAUGCAGCUGCCAUCACCAUCAGGACCAAGGCCCCAGCUGAAGAAGGCACAUAUUUAAAAGUUAUUAGGAAGAAUGGGGUUGAAAAAUAUACUCUUCCAUAUGAGAAUGGUUUACAAGAUUAAUGCAUCUACAGCAUUUCUUUUCUCUUUAAGUGAUUUCAUGACUAAUCAUGUUUAAGAAAGGAAAUUUUUUUUUUUUUUUUUUUGAAUUUACUAUAAACCCUCAUCAGCAACUGGAAUCUUUCUGUUUCAGGCCAAGUCCUCACUAUGAACCUGGGGCAGGCCUGCAGCGAGGGAAAGUUGUGGUUUUUCCAGAAUCAGCCCCAGGGCAGUGGUCCCAAAGCUCCAGAUAUGUAACUACAGCUGGCAGGGCCAGUGUCUAUACUGGGGAGCAGAUCUUCAAGGCAACUACCUGUAAGCUAAGCAUGCAUGUUGGAGGACUGAAGCCUGAUAUUUAAAUAUGGAGUGUUUAUUUUUUCCAUGAUAGGAAAAGCAGAAUAUGCAUUUCUAAGUAAGUUCCCUCAGAUAGAGCAUGCACCCAGCCUUUUUCUUCCCUUUUUACCAUAUGCUGAGGGCUCAGUAUCCUACAGAAGAAGCAGUUCCUUCAAGAAGCUAUCUGGGAGGAACGACAUUGAGUUAAAACUACUUUUUUUUUUUCUUUUUU